GCCCUUGCUUUUGUGUAGAGAUUAAUAAUUGAUUAGUUCAUAGUCAAGAAUUUUAGUAAAAGGGAAUUGGUUACUUUGAGCUGCUACUUUUUACUGGGUAACGUACAGGAGACGGGAGUUACAGAACUUGCCAGCAGAAAAAUGAAGAGGAUCCUGGUUUUUCUGUUUGCUGUAGCAUUUGUGCAUGCUCUAGAAAGAGGCCGAGAUUAUGAGAAGGAAAAAGUUUGCAAGGAACUUGCCAAUCUGGGAAAAGAUGACUUCACAUCUUUAUCAAUGGUCUUAUAUAGCAGAAAGUUUCCCAGUAGCACAUUUGAACAGAUCAGUCACCUCGUGAACGAAGUUGUCUCCUUGACAGAAACUUGCUGUGCUGAAGGGGCUGACCCGGACUGCUAUGACCACAGGACCUCAGCAUUGUCUGCUAGGUCCUGUGAAAAGGACUCUCCAUUCCCAGUACACCCAGGAACUGCUGAGUGCUGUACCAGAGAGGGCCUUGAACGGAAACUCUGUAUGGCUGCCCUGAAGCACCAGCCACAAGAAUUUCCUACCUAUGUAGAGCCAACAAAUGAUGAAAUAUGUGAGGCAUUCAGGAAAGAUCCCAAAGACUUUGCUGAGAAAUUUAUGUAUGAAUAUUCCAUUAAUUAUGGACAAGCCCCUCUAUCACUCUUAGUCGGUUAUACCAAGAGUUAUCUCUCUAUGGUAGGGUCCUGCUGUACUUCAUCAAGGCCAACAGCUUGCUUUUUGAAAGAGAGACUCCAGAUGAAACACUUAUCACUUCUCACCACUAUGUCAAAUAGAAUUUGUUCACAAUAUGCUGCUUAUGGGAAGGAGAAAUCAAGACUCAGCCAUCUCAUAAAAUUAGCACAGAAAGUGCCAACUGCUGAGCUGGAGGAUGUUUUGCCACUAGCUGAAGAGAUCAACACAGUUCUCUCCAAGUGCUGUGAGUCUACCUCUGAGGACUGCAUGGCCAAGGAGCUACCUGAAUACACAGUAAAAAUCUGUGAUAACUUAUCCACAAAGAAUUCUAAGUUCAAGGACUGUUGUCAAGAAAAAACGCCCAUGGACAUUUUUGUGUGCGCUUACUUCAUGCCAGCUGCUCCAACACCUGAGCUGCCAGCCAUUGAGUUGCCUGCAAAUGCAGAUGUAUGUGAUAAAGGAAACACCAAAGCCAAAGAUCAGUAUACAUUUGAAUUAAGUAGGAGAACUCAUCUUCCAGAAGUAUUCCUCAGUAAAAUACUUGAGCCAACCCUGAAAAGCCUUGCAGAAUGCUGCGACUCUGAAGAUUCUACUGGCUGUAUGAAUGCUCAGGGACCUCAACUGAAAAAGGAAUUAUCUUCUUUCAUUGACAAGGGACAAAAACUAUGUGCAGAUUAUUCAGAAAACACUUUUACUGAGUUUAAGAAAAAACUAGCAGAGGGAUUAAAAGCACAAUUCCCUGAUGCCAGUGCAACGGACCUCCAAGGGUUGAUUGACAAGCGCUCAGACUUUGCCUCCAAGUGCUGUUCCAUAAACUCACCUCCCAUCUACUGUGAUUCAGAGAUUGAUGUUGAAAUGAACAAUACUGUAUAGUCCUGAUGUAUGUGUGCGGUCUUAGACCGAGAAUCCAGGUCCCCAGCUUGGUACUACAUCUAUUAUAAUCUCACCUCUAAGAAAAUGACAAGACAGAGAUCACUGCAGGGAUUUCGAAGAAUUCUAAAUUUAAAGACUGAAUUUAAAGACAGAGUCCAUCAUCUUAAAGACAACAGGGUUCCUAGGAGGAAAGAGGCAUUUUUCAAAUUAAGCAGCAUAUUUGAAGUAUUA